UCGCCGCGCCCUUGAGCCCCGCCCGUGGCCUUGAACAUGACCGCUCGGCGAGAAGAGCUGAAGGACCGGACCAUCAUCAGAAUAGCGGCCCACCUGCCGGACCUCAUCCUCUACGGGGACUUCUCCCCGGCGCGGCCCUCUGUGGAAUAUUUCGACGGCGUCCUGAUGUUUGUGGAUAUUUCAGGCUUCACGGCCAUGACUGAGAAGUUCAGCACGGCCAUGUACAUGGACCGCGGGGCCGAGCAGCUGGUGGAGAUCCUCAACCACUACAUCAGCGCCAUAGUGGAGAAGGUGUUGCUUUUUGGAGGAGACAUCCUGAAAUUUGCAGGGGACGCACUACUGGCCCUGUGGAAGGUGGAGCGGAAGCAGCUGAAGAACAUCAUCACGGUGGUGGUCAAGUGCAGCCUGGAGAUCCACCAGCUGUUCGGGGCCCAGGAGUCGGAAGGCCUGGAUGUCCGAGUCAAGAUAGGACUGGCCGCCGGCCACAUCACCAUGCUGGUCUUCGGGGACGAGACGCGGAACUUCUUCCUGGUGACCGGCCAGGCGGUGGACGACGUGCGCCUGGCGCAGAACAUGGCGCAGAUGAACGACGUUAUUCUGUCGCCGAACUGCUGGCAGCUCUGCGACCGCAACAUGAUCGAGAUCGAGAGGAUUCCGGAUCAGAGAGCAGUGAAGGUUAAUUUCCUAAAACUACCUCCGACUUUCAACUUCGAUGAGUUUUUCCUGAAGUGUAUGAUGUUCAUGGAUUAUUACCCUUCUGGCGACCACAAAAACCUCCUGAGGCUCGCCUGCAUGCUGGAGUCUGACCCUCAACUGGAGCUGUCCCUGCAAAAGUAUUUGAUGGAAAGCAUACUGAAGCAGAUUGACGACAAACAGCUUCGGGGGUACCUGUCUGAGCUGCGCCCGGUGACCAUCGUGUUUGUGAACCUGAUAUUCAAGGACCAGAACAAACCCGAGGUGCUAGGCCCGGCCAUCCAGGAGGCCUCCGUGCACAUCAACUCCGUCGUGCGGUUCUUCCGAGGCCAAAUCAAUAAAGUCUUCAUGUUUGACAAGGGCUGCUCCUUCCUCUGCGUCUUCGGGUUCCCCGGGGAGAAGGCGCCCGACGAGGUGGCUCACGCCUUGGAGAGCGCUGUGGACAUAUUUGACUUCUGCUCUCAGGUGCACAAAAUCUACACCGUUUCCGUGGGCGUGACCAGCGGGACUGUCUUCUGUGGCAUCGUGGGACACACGGUGAGGCAUGAGUACACAGUCAUUGGUCAGAAGGUCAACAUCGCGGCCAGAAUGAUGAUGUACUACCCGGGCAUCGUGACCUGCGACUUGGUCACCUACAACUGCAGCAACCUGCCGGCCUACUUCUUCAAGGAGCUCCCGAAGAAGAUCAUGAAAGGCGUGGUGGACCCCGGGCCCGUCUACCAGUGCUUGGGCCUGAACGAGAAAGUCAUGUUCGGGAUGGCGUACCUCGUCGGCAACAGGAACGAGUGCUACCCGUUGCUGGGGCGCGAGAAAGAGAUCAACUACUUCCGGAGCACCAUGAAGGAGUUCCUGACAUCCAACUGCAGCCAGGUGCUCAUGUACGAGGGGCUGCCGGGCUACGGGAAGAGCCAGAUACUCAUGGGCCUCGAGUACCUGUCCCAAGGUGAGAACCACAGGACCAUUGCUAUCGCACUGACUAAGGUCAGCUUCCACCAAAACUUUUAUACCAUCCAGAUACUCAUGGCCAACGUCUUAGGUCUGGACACCUGCAAACACUACAAAGAGCGGCAGAGCAACCUUCAGAGCAGAGUCAAGGCGCUGCUGGAUGAGAAGUUCCACUGCAUCUUCAAUGACAUUUUCCACGUCCAGUUCCCGAUUACGCGAGAGGUCUCCAAGAUGAGCGCCUCGAAGAAGCAGAAGCAGCUGGAGGCGCUGUUCAUGAAGAUCUUGGAGAAAACCGUGAAACAGGAGAGGAUCAUCUUCAUCAUCGACGAGGGCCAGUUUGUGGACCCGGCCUCCUGGGCCUUCCUGGAGAAGCUGAUCCAGACGGUGCCCAUCUUCAUCAUCAUGUCCCUGUCCCCAUUCCCUGACACGCCCUGUCCGUCCGCCAGCACCAUCAUAAAGAACCGGAACACCACCUACAUCACCCUGGGCGCAGUGCAGCCCAGCGACAUCCGCAACAAGGUCUGCCUGGACCUCAACGUCAAGGGCAUCCCCAAAGACCUGGACCUGUACCUGGUGGAGGGCAGCUGCGGGAUCCCCUUUUACUGCGAAGAGUUGCUCAAGAACCUGGACCUGCACCGGGUGCUCGUGUUCCAGCCGGUGGAGUCCGAGGAGAAGACCGUGACCUGGAAGAACCUGUUCAAGAACGUGGCUAAGCCGACAGAGGAGUUAAAGAGAUUCACCCUCACCGGCGAGGAGGGGAGCGAGGAGAUCUGCAAGCUCGCCAGAGGCGUCAGGCUGAAGAACCUGUCCCCGCCAGCUUCGCUGAAAGAGAUCUCCCUGGUCCAGCUGGACAGCAUGAGCCUCUCCUACCAGAUGCUGGUGCGAUGCGCGGCCAUCAUCGGCCUGACCUUCACCACCGAGCUGCUGUUCGAGAUCCUCCCCUGCUGGAACAUGAAGAUGAUGAUCAAGGCCCUGGCCGCCCUGGUGGAAUGCAACAUCUUCGACUGCUUCCGCAGCGGCAAGGAGCUCUGCCGGUCUCUGAAGCAGAACGCCACCUCGUUCGAGGUGAAUUUCCGCUCCCUGUCUCUGAGGCCCACUGAAGGAAUGGCCAACCAGGUGGACGAGGAGCUCCGGGAGCUGGAGAACGAGGUCAUCGAGUGCCACAUCAUCCGCUUCUGCCGGCCGAUGAUGCAGAAGACCGCCUACGAGCUGUGGCUGAAGGACCAGAAGACGGACAUGCACUUGAAGUGCGCCCGCUACUUGGAGGACAGGGCGCACAAGUGCGACCACUGCCACGGCGGGGACUUCAUCCCCUACCACCACUUCACCGUGGACAUCCGGCUCAACUCCCUGGACAUGGACUCCAUCCGGAAGAUGGCCAACGUCCAGGACCUCAGACCUGAAGAACACCUCAGCUGUUCCAGAAUAGAGAUUCUGGGAAAGUUGGAGAUCUCCCCGGAAAAUUGCAGGUACAGGCCCAUCACAGAAAAGGUCCUGAGCUUCUUCGACAUCCUCAUCACCAAGAUGAGCCCGUCGCAGGCGGACAUCAUCCCGCUGGAGUCCUGCCAGUGCGAGGAGAUCCUGGAGGUGGUCGUCAUGCCCCUGGCCCACCACUUCCUGGCCCUGGGGGAGAACAGCAAGGCCUUGUACUACUUCCUGGAGACGGCGUCCGAGUACCUCAUCCUGAGGGACAACUACAUGGCGUACACCUACCUGAACGAGGGGGAGCGGCUGCUGAAAUCGCUCAAGAACAAUAAGUCUCAGAGUCACGUUUUUGAGUCCGCCACCUUCUACAGCCUCAAAGGCCAGGUCUGUUUCAACAUGGGCCAGAUGGUGCUGGCCAAGAAAAUGCUGAGGAAGGCCCUGAAGCUCCUCAACCGGCCCUUCCCUUUCAACUUGAUCUCCGUGCUUUUCUACACCCGCGUUGAGAAAAACAAACACUUCUAUUACAUGAAUCAGCUGGCCAAACAGAGCUCCCCGCCAGGGAAGAAGAGGCUGGCGGAACUUCACCAGCAGACCACCUGCUGUUUCUUGCUGUGGAAGAUCUACAACCUCAAUUACUUCUUCCACUGCAAGUACUACGCCUACCUGGCGGUUCUGAUGGGCAUGAACGCCGCCCUGGAAACGCAGGACGAUCUCCAGAUCGUGAAGGCCUACCUGGAGUACUCGCUGCACUGCCAGAUGACCGGCCAGGAGGACGUGUGGCUCAGGUACGAGGUCCUGGCCAUGGAGCGGAUCUUCAGGCUCCCCAUGACCUAUGUGGGCAGCGAGAUCGUGGCGUACGUGGCUGACAUGCUGGGCUACACAAAGGUCAUCAUGGGCCACUUGGACUUGGCCGUCGACUUAGGUAAGGGCUGGCUGGGCGGGACGGGACGUGCAGAUACCAGCGGCACCCAGGGGCACCCCGGACUUGUCGUGUUCUCCGCAGGCACUCGGGCCCAGAAGUUGUGGGCGCUGCUCCGGAACCCCAACGCUCAGUAUAAGGUCCUCUGCUGGCUCAGCAAAUGUCUCCUGAUGAAAACCAGGUACAAGCCGAUGAUCCAGGUGCUGGGGUGGCUGUGGGACCUGGCCGUGACCGAGGACCAGGUCUUCAGCAAGGCGUUCUUCUACCUGGUCUGCCUGGAUAUCAUGCUCUAUGCCGGCUUCACGUACAGGGCCUUCGACGAGUGUGUGGACUUCAUCCGCCACAACGAGGACAACCGGAUCCUCAAGUUCCAAAGCGGGAUCCUGCUGGGGCUCUACUCGUCUGUGGCCAUCUGGUACGCCCGACUGCAGGACUGGGACACGUUUCAGAUAUUUUUCAACAAAGCCAAGAACCUCAUGACGAGAAGGACGCCCUCAGCGCUCUACUUCCAGGGCAUCUGUGCGUUCAUGGAGUGCCAGGUGCUGCACCUGCAGAAGGAGAUCGAAGAGUGCGCGGAGAACGCCCAGGACAGCGGCGUGCAGCUGCUCAAGAACCUGGAGCACCUGGUGUCUCAGAACGUCACGGGCACCGUCUUCUUCCCGAGGCUCUACCACCUCAUGGCCUACGUGUGCCUCCUCAUGGGUGACGGGCAGAACUGUGACCUCUUCCUGGACACGGCCCUGCAGCUCUGCGAGGCCCAGGGCAACCUGCUGGAGAUGCACUGGCUGAACAUGAGCAGGGAGUGGUGGUACUCCAGCUCCGAGCCGACCGAGAACCUGUGGCCCUUGACGCUGCAGGGCCUCCCGUCGUGGCACGCGGUCGUGACCGGCCAGGUGAGCCUGCAGGAGAUCCAGAAGAACAAGUUCCUCAUGAGGGUGAACAUCCUGGACAACCCUUUCUAACGUGUCCUGGGAGGCGGCAGAGAGUCCAGGGAGCCUCGUCCGAGACUCCCCUUUCCCUGCGGUCCGCACCCUCCGGGGGC